CGGCUUCUGCCUUCUUUUUCUUUCCUUGUCUCUUACUCUGGACGCUGCAGAUCCUUCCCAGACACUGUAGCCCUCUCUCUGAAAUAUAUCCAAAUCCCCUAAACUUCACCUCGCAUUUUCUCUCUGUCCCCAUUAUCUAGGUCGCAUUUUGGUUAUCUUCUCCCUCUAAAAUUACAGAUCACAUUCUAUUAUUCUCAAAUCAAUCCCUACUUAGACCUGUUUGACCUUUUUCUAUCUCAUAUUCUAUUUCUUUUUCUAAUUUUUAUGGGCUUUCAUGUGAAAUUAGUGAAGAAAGAGGGGAGGUGCAGUUGAUCAGCGAGAUGAACAGCGGGUCGAGUGAUGGAGAAGGGCAGGAGCCCAAAAAGAUACCAUCGAAUUCCUCAAUGUUGUGGGUUCGGAACCUUCGCCGCUACGUUCGCAAUCGUGCUGGAUUGGGCUCGGAGGCGUUAAUGGAGCUUGAAACAAAAAGGAUAUUACUCGAUAUAUUCAAAGAGAAGCAACAAAGGAAUGCCGAAGCUGGCGCAAUUCCAAGCUUCUACAAAAAGAAACCAACAGAAGGGUCUAUAAGUAACAGAGUUCAAAGAUUGGCGAAGUUCAGGUUCUUGAAGAAGCAAUCAGAUUUGUUGCUGAAUGCUGAUGAUUUAGAUGCCAUGUGGGUUUGCUUGCGCGAGAAAUGCGUGGUCGAUGACUCCACAGGCACUGAGAAGAUGAACUAUGAAGAUUUUUGCCGCAUUGCAUCUGUGUGUAGUGAGCAAAUUGGUCCAAAAUGUCGACGUUUCUUCAGUCCUUCAAAUUUUAUGAAGUUUGAGAAGGAUGAAUCUGGAAGAAUAGCUAUUCUGCCAUUUUACCUCUAUGUGAUGCGCACGGUUUCACUUACACAAGCACGAAUCGAUAUGAGUGAACUGGAUGAAGAUGAUGAUGGGUUUCUGCAACCUCAUGAAAUGGAGGCUUAUAUUAGAGGCCUUAUCCCAAAUCUGGCACAGCUUCGAGAUAUGCCUGCUGCAUUUGUUCAGAUGUACUGUCGCAUAGCUGCUCAUAAAUUCUUCUUCUUUUGUGACCCUCAAAGACGAGGUCUGCUUCCUUUUCUUAGGGAUUGGAGUGAAAGAAGUAACACAGUUUUAUAUUCAGCAUUUGAUGAGCAUGUCCGUCGUGGUAAAGGCGGAGUAGGAAAUACUCGAGAGAUGGACUUUGAAAGCUUUCUUGACUUUGUCUUAGCCUUGGAAAACAAGCACACAACUGAAGGUUUGACGUAUUUGUUCCGCUGCCUUGAUCUUCAUGGACGAGGAUACCUUGUUACAGCUGAUAUUCACACCCUUUUCAGAGAUGUGCAUCAGAAGUGGAUAGAGGGUGGUAACUAUGAGCUCUGCAUAGAAGAUGUAAGAGAUGAGAUAUGGGAUAUGGUGAGGCCAAGUGACCCUCUUAAGAUAACACUCGCGGACCUCCUUGCCUGCAAGCAAGGGGGCACUGUGGCUGGAAUGCUCAUUGAUGUACGGGGAUUUUGGGCCCAUGACAACCGUGAGUAUCUUCUACAGGAGGAGGAAGAGGCUGAAGAGGAGUAAGGUAUUCGGCAGAUAGAAUUGCAAUCCAUGCUUGAUCAGGAUAAGAGGUUAGGAUGUGUUGUGUCCAUGUGAUAGUUUAUUGUGAUCUCUUUGCUUUUAUUGUUACUCAUUUGAUGUAAAAUCAAAUACUGUAUAACUAGAGAUUGCGGCAUGGCAUCUUCUAUACGAGGAAGAGGCUGAAGAGUAAGGUAUUGGGCAAAUGGAAUUGCAAUCAAUGCUUGAUCAGGAUAAAAGGUUACGUUGUGUUGUUUGUAUGUGAUAGUUUCUUGUAAUGUCUUUGCUUUUACUGUUACUCAUUUGAUGUAAAAUGGUAAAAUCAAAUACUGUAUAACUAGAGAUUGCAACAGUCAAGGGAAAUAGGUUUCCGUUC